GAAGUUGGCUAUUUAUGAGAAAAUGAAAACCCCAUUCAAAUGAGGUAGAAUUUACCUUGGCAUCAGAACAGUAGAAAACACCAAAGAGAAAUCACAAAUUUGUAAGUGGAGAUCCCCUGUCCUUGGCUGUAAAAUUUAUGUUCACCGUUAAAGUUUAGAGCUGAGAGAUAUUUCAAGCUUGACGGAGGAUUUAGAAUGAUAAAGACUCUAGUCCCGCCUUGCGAAGCAUUGAAGUUACCCGUUGCAAAGGUUGCUGGGACUAAGGACUCUAAGAAGUUAAAGUGCAAAGGGUUGAGAAUGGAGCUCAAAAUAACUCAACCUGAUGAUUGGCAUCUUCACCUUCGAGAUGGUGAUCUUCUUAAAGCUGUUGUUCCACACAGCGCAAGUCAUUUUGGAAGGGCACUCGUGAUGCCGAAUUUGAAACCUCCUGUCACUACCACAGAUUCUGCUGUGGCUUAUCAUGAAUCCAUCAUGAAAGCUCUGCCCACCAACAGCAAAUUCACUCCACUUAUGACACUUUAUUUGACAGAUACCACUAGUCCGCAUGAGAUCAAGCUUGCUAGGAGAAGUGGGGUUGUAUUUGCUGUGAAGUUGUAUCCUGCUGGUGCUACAACUAAUUCUCAAGAUGGUGUUACGGAUCUAUUUGGGAAAUGUCUACCUGUCCUUGAGGAGAUGGCUGAGCAGAAUAUGCCAUUGUUGGUUCAUGGAGAGGUUACAGAUCCUAAUGUAGACGUAUUUGAUCGUGAGAAGGUCUUCAUUGACACUAUUUUACAACCUCUGAUCAAAAGGCUUCCACAGCUAAAGGUUGUGAUGGAGCACAUAACUACUAUGGAUGCUGUUAAGUUUGUUGAAUCUUGCAAAGAGGGUUCUGUAGCAGCCACUGUUACUCCUCAGCAUCUUCUUCUCAAUAGAAAUGCUAUCUUUCAAGGAGGACUGCAGCCACACAAUUACUGCCUUCCAGUACUCAAAAGAGAGAUACAUAGACAAGCUAUCGUUUCAGCUGUGACCAGUGGAAGUAAAAGAUUUUUCCUUGGAACUGAUAGUGCGCCUCACGAGAGGAGGAAAAAAGAAUGUCCUUGUGGAUGUGCUGGUAUUUACAAUGCCCCUGUUGCAUUGUCACUGUAUGCCAAGGUUUUUGAAGAGAUGGGUGCACUUGGCAAGCUAGAGGCAUUUACAAGUUUCAAUGGACCAGACUUCUAUGGGCUUCCAAGAAACACAACAAAGAUUAAAUUGAGCAAAACUUCGUGGAAGGUACCUGAGGCUUUCUCAUUUUCAUUUGGAGAUGUCGUUCCAAUGUUUGCAGGCAAUACACUUGAAUGGCAGCCAUCCUUCAUUUGAUAUACUGCAAUAAUAU